AUGCUCUACAAUCCGAAUAGAGCUAUGGUGAAUUUGAGAGACAGAGCAAAGAGGUACCAUUCCAAGAAGGAAACACCAAGUGAAGGGCCCGCUGACAAUGUGGCUGAUGUUUGGAAUACGACUCGAAAAGCCUGUGUGGCAAAAAUAACAGAAAUUUUGGAAAAUGCCGCAUUAGCCAAAUCUUACGAAGGAGCCCUAUACCAGAAAAAUCAUAACAGCCUAGAACAAUAUAGGACUAGCUUUAGAAAGGACGUGAUAGCAUUGCGGAACUCAAAAACGGGAUUCCGCGAGGCGAUUAAAAACAAAGAGAUUACACCGGAACAGUUUGCAUUGUUAAAACCGGAAGAACUGUUUUCGAAAGAGCAGAAACUCGAGAAUGAAAAACUGAAGGAUCAAGAGUUGCAGGCAGCUAUCAGCACUGAGACGAAAGCUCUUCCAAAGAAUAUAAAUGCUCUCAAAGACUCGGUGGUUAGUGAGAAAUGGGGCAUAUCGACAAGUGCGGCUGCAAUUGAUGAUUUUGAAGAGGAAUGA